AUGGCAAAUUACACGGUGGUGAUGGAAUUUUUUCUCAUGGAAUUCUCGCACACCAAGGAGUUCCGGAUCCUGCACGCCUUUCUGUUUUUACUCGUAUACUUGGUGACUCUAAUGGGAAAUCUUCUCAUUAUUAUCCUUGUUACCCUGGACCAGUGUCUUCAUACCCCCAUGUACUUUUUCCUUAAGAACUUGUCCUUCUUUGAUCUCUGUCUCAUUUCCAUCAUAGUCCCCAAAUCCAUCCUCAACUCUCUUUCCAACAAAAGCAUCAUUUCUUUGCCAGGAUGUGUGUUACAGGUGUUGCUGGUGAUUCACUUUGCUGGAGCUGAGGUGUUCAUCCUCACAGCUAUGUCCUAUGAUCGCUAUGUAGCCAUCUGUCAUCCACUGCACUAUGAGGUCAUCAUGAGCAGAGGAGUCUGUCUAUCGAUGACAGCUGCCUCUUGGUUCCUUGGAGGAUUCUUUGGAAGCUUAUAUUCAGCUGGAACAUUCUCUUUAUCUUUUUGUGGUUCCAGAAACCUCCCUCAAUUUUUCUGUGAUGUCCCCUCAUUAUUAAAGAUCUCUUGUUCAAAAUCACAUAUAACUAUUAAUGUUAGUGUGGCAAUUGGAAUAUUUUAUGGUUUAUUUUGUUUAGUUGCCAUUGUUUUCUCAUAUGUCUAUAUUUUCAACACAGUGUUAAAGAUUCCAUCUGUACAAGGCCGGUCAAAAGCCUUCUCUACCUGCCUACCACAUCUCAUAGUCGUGACCACCUUUCUUCUAACAGGAGCCAUUGCUUAUAUGAAGCCAGUGCCUAAGUCUCCUACUCUCCUGGACUUGUUGCUGUCUGUGUUGUAUUCAGUCCUGCCUCCCACCCUGAACCCUAUUAUCUAUAGCCUCAGGAACAAAGAAAUUAAGGCAACUCUGCACAAACUCUUGUGGAAACAUAGUGGAAAUAGAAAGUAG